AUGAAACAACCGUGGGUUGGGGCCCGGUCCUAUACAAAGGCGAGCCACAUACCUUGUCACGUGGUCAUUAUUGAAGCUGAACAACUGUGUGGAAAGGGCCAUGAGCAACUACUAGCCUAUAUGGCUAUGAUACAACCCAACCGGAAGAAACGCGGGCAGUCCGAUUGGACCGUAUAUGGCGUGCUCAGCGACGGGGAGGUCUUCACAUUCUAUCAUUUGGAUAUGAAUAGCGAGUUUACGCUUCUUUUUCUAUUGCCAAUGUGCUAG